UUCUACUAGGUAUAUUACGGCAGUGUGGGAGCGCAGUGAAGGCUUGUGUUUUCUUCUCUACAGGCGUGGUGUGCGGACUUCCGUCUUCCUCCACAGACCUCAAAUAAAAUGACGGCGACAUUGCGACCCUACCUGAACGCAGUGCGCUCCACUCUUCAAGCAGCCUUGUGUUUGGAGAACUUCUCCUCUCAGGUGGUGGAGAGACACAAUAAGCCAGAGGUGGAGGUCAGGAGCAGCAAAGAGCUUCUGUUGCAGCCAGUGGUCAUAAGCCGCAAUGACAAGGAGAAGGUUCUGAUCGAGGGCUCCAUAAACUCUGUGAGAGUCAGCAUUGCUGUCAAACAGGCUGAUGAGAUUGAGAAGAUCCUGUGCCAUAAAUUUAUGAGGUUCAUGAUGAUGCGAGCAGAGAACUUCUUUAUCCUGCGGAGGAAACCUGUUGAGGGCUAUGACAUCAGCUUCCUCAUCACCAAUUUUCACACAGAACAGAUGUAUAAACACAAGCUGGUGGACUUUGUUAUCCAUUUCAUGGAGGAGAUCGAUAAGGAGAUCAGCGAGAUGAAGCUGUCAGUCAAUGCUCGGGCCCGAAUUGUCGCAGAGGAAUUCCUCAAGAACUUCUGAGGAUCCUUUCUACAUUCCUAAUACCCAUCAGAGGUGUUGUGUCGGUUCUUGUGGACAAAAACAUUCGAAGUUUUUAAAAUCACCACAGAGCAAAGGGGGAAGAAUUCAUCAGUUUGAAACCAAUCAGCAAGAAGGUCCACAGGAACAACUGACCAAUCCUCUAGCACCAUAUGCAGUCCCCUUUGCCUUCUGUUCAAGGUGCUCCUUGUGCCCAUGGAUAUUAACAAUUGUACAUUUAGUCCAGAAUUUAUUACUCUAGUUUUCUGUUUAGGGAAUAAAAAAACAAAAACAAGGCAGGUCCUUAAAAGUAUUACCUGUAUUUAAUAUUGAUGGGCACAAGAAUGUUGUUGAUUGGCAGAGUGUACAUUUUUUUUUUUCUGUUGUCUUUUAUAUACGUACAUGUACUCGUGUUCAUUUUUGUUUCAAUAAAAAUAGAAUCAAACCAAUGUUAAAGACAUCAUGAGAGGAAAAAAAAUAGGUGUUUAUAUUUUGGCACAGCUACUCCAAUAUGAUGAUAACUAAACAGAAAAAAAAAAAAACACAUAAAACAUAAUACCAAUAAAAAUAUAUUGAUCUUUCUGUAUCUCUUGGGAUUAGUAUCCUAAUUUGGUUUAUGCAAACAUUUCAAUGGUGUUUUAUAAAAGCAUCUUUGGGUGUAGAAUCUUUCUUCUUAAAUACCAUGUCUUCAUUUGAAUCACACUUUAUCCUGUAGUUUUACUCUUGUGAUUUCAUCCUCUUCUAAUAUAUAUAUUAAUUGAGUAUUCCACAAACACCUGUUUCUGUUUAUAUAUCUUUUAUAUAUCAGCUUUUUGCUCAACAAAGUAACAUUAUUAUUAUUAUUUGCAGUCUGUGCAUAAUAUUUCAUAAGGAUCUUACUUAAAACUAGACUGAGUACAAAAGAGAAUGUUAUUCCUCAAUGGUUUAGAAAUCAGUGGUGUUUUGACUUUGUCAUCCUUCAUUUUUAGCAUUACAACUUGGAAAUAGGUUACUAAGGAUACCCAGACAGGCCAGCCAAUAAAUUGUAAUCUGAGUGUGACAAUAUUGCUGUGAUGUUAACUGCACCAGAGAGGUCACAAUGGAAAUACACAAUAACAUAAUCCAUAUUUCAAUCCAAAUAAUCCAUAUCAUUAGUAGGAUGUUAAAGGAAUAGCUCACCCAAAAAUGAAAAUUCUCUCAUUAUUCACCCUGAUGCCAUUCCAUAUGUGUAUGACUGUCUUUCUUCAGCAGAACACAAAUGAAGAUUUUUAGAAGAUGGAGCUCUGUCAGUUCCUUAUAAUGGAAGUACAUGGGUGCCAAUACUUUGAUGGUCCAAAAGUCACAUUUAGGCAGCAUAAAAGUAAUUCAUGCAACUCCAGUCGAUCAAUGAAUGUCUUCUGAAUCAAAUCGAUAUGUUUGUGUAAAAAAAUAAAUCGAUAAUUAAAACGUCUUCUUUACAACAGAAGAACGAACAUCAUGUGAGAGUUCGGCCAUUUCAAACAGCAUCAGAGCCCUGGACGGUGGAUUAAUUUUAUGUUUCCUAAAUGUGACUUGUGUACCGUCAAAGUUCUGGCACCUAUGUAUUUGCAUUAUAAGGACUUGACAGAGCUCUGUCUUCUAAAAAUCUUUAUUUGUGUUGCUGAAGAAAGGCAGUUAUACACAUCUGGGAUGGCAUCAGGGUAAGUGAAUAAUGAGAGAAUUUUCUUUUUUGGGUAAAUUAUUCCUUUAAGAGCUGUUUAAAUUUACAAUAAAAAUGCCUUUCUACAUUG